AUGUGCAAACUUCUUAUUUCACAUGGUGCAAAUAUCAAUGAAAAAGAUAAUCAUGGGAAAACUGCUCUUCAUUAUGCAACAAAAAAUAAUAGAAAAGAAAUGGCUGAACUUCUUAUUUCACAUGGUAUAAAUAUCAAUGAAAAAGAUAAUAAUGGAAAAACCGCUCUUCAUUAUGCAACAACAGAGAAUUAUAAAGAAAUCUGUGAACUUCUUAUUUCACAUGGUGCAAAUAUCAAUGAAAAAAAUAAAAACGGAAAAACUGCUCUUCAUAAUGCAACAUCUAAUAAAAGUAUAGGAAUAGUUAAACCUCUUAUUUCGCGUGGCGCAAAUAGCAAUAAUAAGGGCAAAAACGGAAAAACCACUCUUAAUCGUUCAUUAUAUAUAGCUGGGAGAAAUAUGGGUACACGGGGAAAAAAGAUGUAA